AUGGAAUCCUGGCUUAGGCACUAUUACUUUGUAAAUCAGGUGAAAGAAAUUAUCAAUCAUUUUAAUUUAAUAGAAUCUGCACUUACUGAAAAUUGGUUUGAUGAAAAAGGAUUUUAUCAGAUUCCAUUUCAUAUGACUCAGUUUACAUCUCAGCUAUCUGUAUUAUCUCUUUAUUCUAAAUCAAUAUCUCAGUCAAAAGAUGAUAACGACUGCUCAUACGAUUAUCUACACAAUUUUGAUUUAAUUCAAACUGAGUUUAUCAAAUUACUGAGCGUAUUACACUCGGACAAUAAAAAGAAUGAUGAAUGUGUAACUAGUGUAAACUCUAUCAAUAAUGAGAAAAAUAAUCACUUUGAUCAGAUCAAAGAAUAUUUGUCUAGAAUAAAUCAAUAUUUAAAAGAUACUUUUGAAAAAGCCACAGGUACAUUAAAAUGUUCACCUAAUGAUAUGAAUUCUUCAAGUGAUUCAAUACAAAAAGAGAUGGAAUCAACUUUUGAGGCUAUUUCAGUUGCUGAGAAAAGAUUUCAUGAUUUAAUUGCGGAAUCUAAGCAGCGCUCAGCGAACAAUGAGUAUCUUCAAGUGAAUUCAUUGAUAUUAGAUUGUUGUUCUGACCUCCUGUUAUGCGUUGGUGAAUUAGUUAAGCAGUCUGAAAUGAUUCAACAAGAUAUUAAAGAUUCAUCAACAUUAAGUGAAUUUUACAAACCUCAUAAUCGUUGGACAAAUGGUCUGUUAUCUGCUGCAAAAUGUGUUGGUGCUGGAGCUAAUGUGAUGGUAGAAAUAGCUGACGCAAUUGUUUCUGGUAAAGAUGUUAAACUUGAGCGAUUAAUUGUUAUCUCUCAAGAAAUUGCUGCCAGUACAACCCAAUUAGUUUGUGCUACACGUGUUAAAACUAAUCCAAUAUCAGAAAUGUUUACUAAACUACAAACAACUAGUAAAGAAGUAUGCAAAUGUACUGGAAAUUUAAUUGCAUGCGUUAAAAAAGCUAUUGAAGCAAAACACACAGAAGAACUUGAUUUUAGUUGUCUUACAUUAACUCAAGCAAAACGUAUGGAGGUUGAAUUACAAGUGAAAAUUAUUGAAUUAGAAACAUCAUUAACUAAUGAACGUCAACGUUUAGCACAAUUAAGAAGAGAUAAUUAUCAGUUAUCAGCUGAAGUAGAGGAGAAAUCAACAACAACAACAACAAAGAAUACAUGA